GAAGGAAGUUUAUUCUGAUCAAGUUAAACUGAACUUCAUGAUUUUGAAAGACACGUUGAGUUUCAAAUGGGCGAAAAGGGGAGGAGGGGACAAAUUACAUCUGUGCACUUUCGUGCUUGCCAGAGAAAUGCCAUUUUUCAAAACCACACUGAUCCAGUUUACAACUCAAUGCCUCCAAAAAACGAUGUGCGAAAACUUUUCAAGAAACAACAAGCCGAGCGAAAUAAAGCUGUAAAAAUAAAGCACCCUUUUGCAAAGUAUGACGAAAUGGGACGACUACUAUGCAUAGUUUGUCAAUCAGCGGUGAAAUCAGAAAACGUUUGGCAAGCACACUUAGGUUCAGCUUUUCAUCUAGAGAAUAUCCAAAAACUAAAGGCAAUAAAGCAAAAACAACAACAACAGCAGCAGCAGCAGCAACAUUUAAAAAGACGUGCACCGUCGCCCUCACCUCAAAUGGAAGAAGAUCAGAGUGAAGAAGAAGUAGAACAUAAACGAUUGAGGCUUGAACCAAGUACUCAAAAUGAAAAGCAAGGCAUUGAGCUUGACGAAGAAGCCUCUGACAACGAUGACGAAAUAGAUGAGAAUACUGCUCAAUUACCAGCCGACUUUUUUGACCAGAAACAGGAGGAUUUGGCGAAUGAUCCAAUGGAUGAAGGAUCUGCUACUGAAGAAUCCAACACUCUUCCUGCUGGAUUUUUUGAUGAUCCUGACGAGGAUGCACGCAUGAGAGGAGAAUUAUUACCUGAAGAAAAAGCAAAGGUUGAUUUAGAAAAAGAUGUACAGUCAUUUACCGAAGCAAUGGCUGAUGUUACCGAAGAAUCAAAGCAGGCACAAGAGGAGGACGACGAAACAUUUUGGCAAGAAAGACACUUUGAUCUUACAAUGGAACAAGCCGCGUUUGAUUCCCGAGUGGCAAAAUUAAGACAUUUGAGAGAAGCAGGAAAAAAUCCUGAAAAUGACUCAACGGCAAAUAAUCCUAGUCAUGAAGAAACAGAUGAUAUUAUGCGCGUGAAACUCAAGACAAACGUCAGACAGGCUCUUAAAGGCCAGCUUGCGAAGCAUGCAGUAUCGGUAUUCGAUGAUGACCUAGAUGAUAUAUCAGAAGAAGAAGAGGAAGAUUGGCGAGCUCAGCAAUUAUAAAAACAAUUAUAUGAAGUAUUUUAGGAAAACUACACUUCAAACAAUAUGAAUAUAAAAUCCCACACAACCAAAUGUGUGUCGAUGGAUACAGAUUCGAACUAAGUAGGCCAUCUCGAGCGCUAAUUAUACCAAUAAAAAAUGGGU